GUUCAACAGGUGUAGAUACCUGAGUGUGUCAGAAGGUUGUGUAGCUGCAUAGUGUGAUAGAUUGAGUUUUGAUGUGCCAGUGUGAGGGCACUUGUGCACCUUAAAGUUUGACUGAGUAUCACCGUGCUGGUGUUUUGUGAUGGUUAGCUGGUGGAAAAUUGUUUGAUGUUGCCAGCAUAGAUAAAAUUGAGAAAGGAACAAACAGCAUGGUAGCUCUUUUUUUUAUUCUUUUAUAUACAAGGACACUCGAAUCCAAGUCCAUUAGGGGAUGAUGGUCACAGUAUAGUAAUUGAUCUAUAUGGCUCAUUGGCACAGAUGUCAGUUUCUCGGUGCUGGUAAACUCACAUGUAUAAAAUGCAUAGUUAAAUUGUUUGUUUGGAAACAAUUGGCACACAAACCUAAGACAUGUCAAAAUCUGACAAUGACCAUGUUAGGACACAUAUAUUUGUCGUGAUCUUAAUAUGAUGGAUUCCUUUAGUUGUGGUGCAGUUUCCGUCUGAUACCUUGACCCUACCCUAUUAUUGACCUUGGCUGUUUCGAAGACCUCUAAAAUGGGAAUAUCUGUGUGGUUUUUCUGUGCACCUGUUGUCAAUUAAAUGGACUGCAUAAACCUCCAUGACUAUGAGCGGAAGUGGUGCUACUGCUUGUAUCAUCCAGGAAAAAAAUUAGAUGUGGGCAUCCUUAUACUUUUUUGUUAUUGUCAUCUGCUGCUAUCAUUAUAAUUUCUACCAAUAUUGCUGUUGUUAUUAAUAUACCUGCUAUUCUGGUGCAUGACUCACAUGGGUGUGGUGAGCUGGGUUGUCUUUUUAUGCUCAGCUAUCAAAUGGCACCUGGAACAGGUACCAGCCUGCUACAUUUUGUGUUAAAUACAUCCAGGCAUUUGUAAAUCAGAGUAUGUCAAAUGUUCUUUAGGAAUUCUAAAAAUAUAAGAAGCUUGAACUUUUUCCCCUUGGUAAAAUUGGAGUCUGAGACCUACUCCAUUCUCACUCUGCCCUUGGGGCUAUGCUUGAUUAAAGGAGCGAUACUAUUGAGCAUGAACACUCAAUCUCCUUGGUCCAGGGCUCCUGAUCUCUCCCAUGCUAUGCUUGGGGUGGCAAUAUCAGGCCAGAGGUUGUUCUUUGCCCGGCUUAAUUAGCUCCAUAGGUGAUCUCUGCUUCCUUUUCGAUUCAUGGUGUUGUUGACUGGCCAAUGACGAGCUACAUUGGAAAAAUAUUCCCUUUUUGGUACUCUAUCAGCAAUCCUGCAGAGUUUCUUGCAAAAUAUUCUUCCUGGGUUUGCUGCUUUUGUGGUGGGCUUCGGAGUUCCUUAUGGCUUCAGUUUAAGCCCCAUCACAUUGCUGCUGGUGCUGCCUAUCUAGCUGCCAAGCUUCUAAAUUUUGAUCUUGCUUUUUACCAGAAUAUCUGGCAGGAGUUUGAAACAACACCAGCGAUUCUCCAAGAUGUAUCGGAGCAGCUGAUGGAGCUCUUCUAGUGAAAUAGCAUAGUUGCUCCAGCAUGGUUCACCCUGGAGGGUGAUGCAGUUUAGGUGUUAUAAGUACAGCAAGGUCAGAAUAUGCGUGUUUAAUAUGGUUACAAAGAUCAUCAAUAUUGAUUAUAGUGUGAGAAUGUCAUGCAAGAGAGGUGAAAAGAGAUGCUCAUUUCAAAAAAUUAGCUGUUGAAGUACAGGUUAAAUGGACCUGUAGUUCAUCGUGUAUGUCAAGAGUGUCGGUCAAAUUGAAUGACAAAUUAGCUGAAAGCGUAAACUUGGAAAGGUGUCCAUUGCCAGUUUAAUUUAUGCCUGAGGUUUCAAUAGAUGUUCCUCUUGGUGAGAGAAAGCAUUAGCCUAUUUGGUUCCUUUCCUUGGAAGGGUCUUAUGCAUGAUCCUCAUGCAAGAUUGGAGUUGGUAGAGUGCAAAAUGAAGGUCUGUUCUGAAUCUUUGCUUUAAACACGCCACCAAAGCUUUCAGGUGGAUUGCCAUGCAAAUAUGAAACAUGCUUUUGAUA